AUGUCAGCCACCGAGUUGGAUUUUCGGCGUGAUACAUCCGGGUUGGGAAGCCCGAGCUACCAACCCAUUCGGUCUCCGGGGCUUCCUGAGUUCAGCUUCAACCCGGGUGCCAGACUCAGUCCCGAGAGCGCUUCUGAAGAUCGUCGACCCAGAUCUGCGGCACUUCCCGAUUUCAGCUUCAACCCGGGUGCCACAUUGACAACCGACAGCUCCUUGCUCAGUCCUCCUCUAUCACCCUCAUCUCCGCGCAUGCUACCAAAUCGUGGAAGUCACCGACGAGGUGGGAGCGAGUUCGUGGGUGGAAAUAUUCGAGCUGGCGAAUCCAUUACCGUAAUGAGCACGAGUCCAACAAACCCCGAGAGCGGGUUUGCAUCGCCAACCGUAGCCCCGAUCGAUAUCCCACCAGCGCGUCGCGGCCGACACGCGCACCGUCGAUCUGCAGCAAUCUCUAGCCACGAUCUGACUAUGAUACUCAAACCAAGCAGCCCUAAUCCGUUACGAGGUAGUAGCGCUCCUACUAGUCCGGCGGAUUUCGAGUGUAAGGUCAGACCUUUCCCCGAGACGAGUGAUGAACAGCCGAUGCCUACUCACUCGGAACUUCAACUGGACGUUGAAUCUGCAACGGUGAACACUAUGACAGCGAGUCCUGUUUUGCCUGUGUGUGAACCCAGCCUACCCGCAAAACCAACCGUACGAGCAAGGGUGGGCUUUUCAGAUACCCUGGAAUUCAUCCCUCGUCCGUUAUCUCUGGUAUCGACAGAUACAUCGAGCACUAUUACGGGUCGCCACGGACACUCCGUGUCUGGCAGUAUUUCAUCCAUCAUUUCACUUUCAAACUCGACCACAACAGAUUACGACAUGCACGGAAUACUGGGGUCACCUGUCUGCAGCAAGAAGGGUGGACCCCGGCCAAGUACGGCAGGUGCUGUCCUUGAACGCACACCCAGCACAAUUGGCAUUGCUGCAGAAGAGCAACCGCUGUCUCCACGCAGACGAAACUCUAUUCCGCUUUUAUCUAAUUUGCCUGCACCUGAGCCUUCGUCAUCCACAACUCCUAGCCCAUCGAAGACCCCCAAAAGAUGGUCCUUCUUCGGUCUCGAAUCCCUUGCAAGUUCGGGAUCACCUACGAAGGCACGACCGCACAGUUCCAGCUCCUCAGACAGCGGGUUGAAGGUGAAUUCCUCAUCGGAGAAUGAAGAAUUCGCUGCUGAUGAGCCUACGCAUUUGUCUGACCCCAGUAAUUCCUCGGGCAAGAAAAAGAAGCAGAAGAAUGUCAAAUCCUGGGCUGGAUCUAUCCUCACACGAAAGUCAAAGUCCCGCUCUCAGAAAAUGAAAACUGGUCUUCGACGCUCGCUCACCCCGCCGCCGUCUAGAAUAGGUUUAGACGACGAUAUGGAAAAUGAAUAUGUGGAUGCCUUGGAAAUGGCAACCGAGCCUGCUGACAAUAAGGAAACCAGUUCAGCACAGCCUUGCAUAAAGUCAGAAGAUGACACAUCAUAUCCAAUGAUAGAUCUCGAUGCUGCCUUGGGUCCUUUUAACACCCCCUUGAGUCGCGAUCCAGCUUGGGACGAAGCCCAACGAUCUGGUGUUCAGAUUAAGCGCCAACUCCACAGUGCUGCCGGCAUGCGAGGAUUCACUGGUCCUGGAAUGCACUAUCAUCGUCGUGCCGAGAGCGCCCCUGAGAUGCCUCCUUUUGAGGCUGCCAGAUUUGGUAUACAUCGAUUCGGGAGCUCCUCUACGAUGGCCGACGUGUUUGAGGAGGAUGAAGAAGACGAGGACCAUACUGGUGCCAAACUCGUGACCAGAAAUUCUGCUCCUGAUGCCCGGCGACGAUCCACAGCAGACGGUGAUUCCAAAUCAGUAUCAGCUGACGACUCCAAUUCAACGCCGACGCAAGAUCUGGAUCGAAAAGUGCAAGGUGCGAAAGAAAGCCUCUCGUUGGGAACAUGUGUAAAACGCAAAGGCAGCGGUUCAAGUCUUGAUAUGCAGCCCCCUGAGUCAAGGAUGAGGACCGAAACAUCAUCUACAUCACUUCACGAGGAAGUAAUUGUGGAGGAGGGACCGGUUCGUCGUGCGGUUGACCAAGAACGAAUCUAUGAGACAAUUCCAGAUUCGACAGACUUGGCAAUGCCUUCACCUCGCCAUAUUUUAGUCACCAAAGACCUUGCCCCUGUCGAGGUUUCUCCAUUCACCCUCCCCGGCCCGUCAUUGACGCCUGCCAGCCCCUACUCGGCAAGUCACUCUUCGUCAUUCCCGUCACCCCUUUCACCCAUGUCAUACGAUGCGCAGCGGAUCUCCACAGCUCCCUCAUCGGUAACUGAGGAAAAUAACUUCCAAUCCUUGCUCAUGGGAGAGCCGGGCCCCGAGGUUGUCCGCAUAUCGGUUGAUGUACCUUCGUUGACGAGUAGCAACUCAACGAUGACGCGUGAGAGCAACUUCCCCGGUGUUCACCCGAGAAAUGUGCCCUUUCAUGAACAGCGUCCAGCGUCUUUCACGUCUACUGCUUUCGGUCGACGAAGAUCUAGUCUAGCUAGUCUUAGUAGACUCAUCAGCAGCGCACAUGGGGAACGGAGUAAACUGAGCAUCGAGGUUCCGUGCGAGCCCGAUUCAGACAAGAAGCCCAAGGUCAGUGCAGCAAAGCGUUGGAGUCGCAUGAUGCAAUUCUGGAAAACGAAGGAGUCGACCGAGACCGAGUCCUAG